AUGUACUCUCGCCGUGCCUCGCAUUCCGCGCCUGGCGGGUGUGGGUGGUAUGAUUCCUCGCCCGAAUCGCUCAAGCAGCGCGUUGGCGGCCUGUUGGACGCGGCGAAGGCCAGCCCGGGCUUCGCGAUGGCGGGGGAGGGGGUCCUCCACGGCCUCAUCGCCCCGCACGCGGGGAUUAUCUACUCCGGCCUGACCGCCAGCGUGGCCUAUCGCGCACUUUACGAGUAUCUUUACCGCCCCGGCAACCCCACCACGCGGCUUUUUAUCGUGGGCCCCUCCCACCACGCGAUGUUGGACGGCGUGGCGGUUUCCCGCGCGCGGGCCUACGAGACGCCGUUUGGGCCCCUCCCGGUCGACACCGCAGCGGCCGUGGCGGUGUUGGGGGCCUUCGCCAAGGCCGGCGUCCCCGCCGACUGGACCACGCAGGCCGUCGACGAGGGCGAGCACUCCAUUGAAAUGCAGAUGCCCUUUCUUUCCUAUCUUUUGCACUUCCCCCUCGCCCCCGCCACGGCCGCGGCCGUCGACGGCCUCCGCAUCGUUCCCAUCAUCGCCGGCUGGGCGGAUCGCGCCCUGGAGGGCAAAAUCGCCGACGCCCUCGAGGACUUUGUGCGGGACCCCUGCAAUGUCUUCAUCCUCAGCUCCGACUUUUGCCAUUGGGGGCGGCGCUUUCGCUAUACUUUUCACUACGAGCGGGAGCACUACCCGGCGAUCGGCGACGCCAUCAUCGCGAUGGACCACCAGGGGAUGGACCUGCUUCACAAUAAGGACCUGGACGGCUGGUAUCAUUAUUUGGACCAAACCAACAAUACGAUUUGCGGCCGCCGUCCAAUCGGGAUCGGCCUCAACGCCUGGGUGAAGACGCUGAAAUCGAAGAAGCUGGCCAUCGAUUUUGUGAGCUAUUCCCAGUCGAAUAAAUGCCAGAACGAGCAGGAUUCAUCCGUCAGCUAUGCCGCUGCGUUGAUUCACAGCUAA